ACACGGCUGGCGGGAUAGGACGGAAGGCAGCGGAGAAACUGCGAUCGAGCUGCGCUGUGGAGAUCCAGGGGCCUGGAGCAGGGAAUAAUAUCCAGUGGCCUGCAACAGUAAUCCAAAGGGAUCUGCCGCGCUAGGGCAGUGAGCGUCAGCGGAGAUCUAGCGGCUCUAAACCAGUGAUCUUGCGGCAGUGGGGAUCAAUCAGCGGUGGAUCAUAGGAGGUGGGUCGGGGAUCGAGCAGAAAAUCAGGGAUCACUCGGAGGCGGGACAGUGGGUCGAUCGUAGGGGAGCGGGCAGUAUGUUGUACUUGCCCCUGCUGCUGCUGCUGUGCUGCGGCGGCGGGAUCGCCCAGUACGAGAGGUACAGUUUCCGCAGCUUCCCGCAGGACGAGCUGCUGCCGCUGGAUUCGGCGUACAGACAUGCGCUGGACCAGUACACGGCGGAGAACUGGAAGGAGUGCGUGGACUACCUGGAGAUGAGCCUGAGGUUGAACCGCCUGCUCCGGGACAGCGAGGCCUUCUGCAACCUCAAUUGCAGCACGGUUCGAUCCCAGGACAGUGACCACUUCGGCCGCUUCGCCGAGCUGCAGCUCUUCAGUAACAUCAUGCUCAGAGCCCAGUGCCUGAAGAGAUGCAAGCAGGGCCUGCCCGCCUUCCGCCAGACCCAGCCCAGCAGGGAGACGCUGGAGGACUUCGAGAAACGUGAAGUCUACAAGUUUCUCCAGUUUGCCUACUUUAAGAUCAAUAACAUUCCCAAGGCCAUUUCAGCAGCUCACACCUUCCUCCAGAGACACCCUGAUGAUAAGAUGAUGCAACGGAAUAUGGCCUACUACAACAGUUUACCAGGCUCUGACGAGUUUAUUAAUGAUCUGGAGGUGAAAAGUUAUGAGACUCUCUUCCUGCGAGCAGUGAAAGCAUACAAUGCAGAGAACUAUCCGCUGUCCAUUGCUGACAUGGAGUUGGCCAUUCCUGACUACCUCAAGGCUUUUGACGAGUGCAUUGCUACCUGCGAGGGCUCUCGGGAAGUGACAGAUUUUAAAGAUUUCUAUGUUUCUAUAGCAGGUCAUUACGCUGAGAUUCUGCAUUGCAAGGUGAAGUGUGAACAUGAUUUAACCCCUGUGAUCGGAGGCUUCAUAGUGGAGAAGUUUCUGGCUACAAUGUACCACUACUUGCAAUUUACUUAUUAUAAACUCAACAAUAUGAAGAAUGCAACUCCAUGUGUAGCAACCUACCUGUUGUUUGAUCCAGAAGAUUCGGUGAUGAAGCAGAAUUUGGUGUUCUAUCAAUAUCACAAGGAGAAGUGGGAAUUGACCGAGGAAGAUUUUGCACCCAGGCCUGAAGCUUUGCGAUAUUACAACCAGACCAAACUUCAGCUUCAGAUGCAUGAGUUUGCCCAGGAACAUCUACAGGAUGAUGAUGAGGGGGAAGUACUGGAAUAUAUUGAUGACCUUCUGGAAGCUCCAGGCAGCUAACGUGAGCAACAAAACAAGAACUGCAGGAUAGGUGCGCUGGGAAAACAGUGGAAAAACGAAAGUUCCUUGUCCAGCUCCUAUGACCCAGGACAUUUACAAAACUCUACUUGAUGUCUAGAACUUUUUUUUUUUUAACUGCCUUAAUAUUUCUUUGGUGUUGACUGAUGUCCCCCAAACUUUCUUUCAAAGAUGUGCCUUUCUUCUUUAACACAAAUCUUGGGGUGGGUCCCACUCUGCCAACACACCCUAUCCCCUUCCACAACACUAUAUCCGCUCCCUUCACAGCAUAUCGUUUACCAACUUCCUCCACCCCACUCUCCUUCUAGACCCUCACACCUCCACCACACUCAGCCCCCCCCCCCUCCAUCUCCUUCCAUUGCCAACAACACUCAUGUUCACAAAACAUAGGAGCAAAUUUAGGCUAUUUGGCCCAUCGAGUCUAUUCUGUCAUUCAAUCAUGUCUCAUCUAUCUUCGCCUCUCAACCCCAUUCUCCUGCAUUCUCCCUGUAACCCUUGACAUCUUUACUAAUCGAGAACUCCUCUCCAUCUGCAUGCCUCUUCCUCCACACUUUGCAUCCCACCACGUGCUACUGUCUCCUUCAGUGCAUAAGCUCAAACACAGCCAGUGAUGCUUUAGAAGUGGUGAAAUCAGCAGGACAGUGUUCCCAUAGCCUUCCUCACCCUUCCCCACCCUCCUUCCCUGGCCUUCAGACACUGUGCAAUCCUCGUGGCCUGCUGAAGGCAGGAGAGUUCUUUCCUCCCUGGGACCUCUUAUCUCAUUCCUACUUUGUCCCGAUGAUGUCUGAUGCUGCUUCUCACAUGGAUUGCUUGCAACAGCUUUAACUUACACUCUGUUGUAUUUCCGCACACGUCAACUGGUUUCACAUAUCGAGCACUGUCCUGAGUCUCAUUGUAUGUGGUGCUGUAACAUGAGGCAAACCUGCUCUUCCUUUAUGCUACACAUUGAUGUUGGUCAUCGAUUGCUUAUAUCCGUCAUCCAGCAAGACCAGAGAAAUAGCACCAUGAAAAGCCAUUUACAGUAAUGCCAAUACUCCAAUGUUAAAAUAGAAGGCAGUGAGCAAUUGUGUAGAUUGUCAGAAUGUUAGCAAACACCAAACAGCAGGAGAAGGUGACUGCAAGUAGUUGGACAAAGUUUGAAAUAUAUAUAUUUUAGAUAUAACAGAAUGAUAUAGCUGGAAAACCAGUUGCUGUACAGUGAUAGUUCCAUUGCAAGAGUUUAAACCUGACUGGUUUCAUUCUCUGUCGCAGUUUCCUAAUAACUACAGUGCCUCAAUGCCAGAGAAAACAUUGACUCAUUUUUAAAUGUUUGAACAUAGACCCUUGAUGCCGUUUUAGCAAGUCAGUGUGAAAAACCCACAACCAAUCUUUCAUUGCAGCUGCUCGGGCUGGACAUUUGGUUGUGAGCCAUACCUCAAACAGCAAUUCCUUUUACACACUGGCCUGUGGUUUGAAUAACCCAGUGAAGCACUCCCUUCAACUCUUUACACUUAAUAAAUGAUCAGAGGUUCUCAUAAAACAACUGUUGCUUUGAUAGCCUGCAUAAUCUGCAAUAUUUAUGGCUCUAAAAUAGUUUUUAUUAGGAAAAUAUAAAUGAAAUGCCAUUGCAAAUGAUGAGAAGGUGUGUGUUACUUGAAUCACAAUGCAAACUUUGUUGGUCAUUUUCAACCAAAAAUAUCCCACAAAGGUUCCUCUUAAAUUCUUUCCACGUAGAUGCCGGGUAACAAGCUGCCUUUUUGCAUACAAACUAAACUGGUUGAACAAACAAAGAAAGACAGGAUAUAUUUAACUUCUCAGAUUUAUUUUUGAAAUUUCAAAGCAGUUUGUCAGGUAAGGUUUAACAAAGGUUACUCAUUUGUAAUUUGAGUACAUUCACUCUCUGCCCCGUUGCAGUCCUGAAUCUCUGCUUGUCAGCCCAGCCACUACAGAAUGCACCACAGUGUUUUACAGCAAAUCUUGCUUUUCAUGAUUACACAAAUGUAACAGUAUUAAUCUUUAUACACUACAGCCCUUGAGUGUUCAAAUUUUUUAAAGAUGUUU